AUGUAUCCUCAAUUUAAUCUCAUCAUAAAGAUCCCUAUAAGCAUACUUAUCCCAUCUGGUCUAACCAGAUCAUCUCCAAUCGACCGUACAACGUUUAUCACCCAUUUCUUCCGUCGAUCGAUCGGAUUCAAGACCCCCACACCAACAUCCGAUCCUCAUGCUCUGAAACCCAGACCAGAGCACAACUUGUAUCCAAGAAUUUAUGGCCAAACUGAUCAGACGACCCGUUCACUCUAUGACCUCUCCGAUUCCGCCUUCGCCAACCUGUGCUCGAUCAAGAACUUCAUUAAACACACCCAUCAUCCCUAUCACCCUCACCAGUCCUUAUGCUCUGGUCUUGCCGUCCUAUUUGUAUCAGUUGAUGUCCAAUCUAAGUUACCAUCUUGGAGCGACCACCGGAUUUACGAUCCAUCACCUCUUGAACCCAUCGAAAUCAUACCCAAUAAGCAGCUUACCAGCGACCCACCAGAGCACACUUCCAGAGACGGCCUUAGUUACUUAGAACACAAACUUCUUGUCGGUGGUUGUGCUGUUGGUGUCGUCGGCUGGUUACUCAAUGAGCUCACUAGGGUCGGGUGGAUCUCAGCGAGCUCAUAUCCGACAGCUCUAUUGGAGAUACUACAAAGCAUUCUUCUAUCUGAUGCAAUCACUCCGACGGCGUUGCAUCUCGUAUCAGCGCGAUCACUAGCGGUAAUACGGGCCUUCGAUGCUAGUUUUUCGCGUGCGCCGCCAGAUCACCUGGGACCGGGCUCAGAUCUCAACCGACGGGUACAACUAGACCUGGCGUCAGAAAUGAUAGAGCCAGCCGGCUUCCUCGCGUACGACUUUGGCUCGGCGACCGGAUGGCCGGACGCAUUGGAAGCCGCCGUCCGGAGCGCCGUUUGUGCUGAGACUGACUCCCCAGAUCCGACUAUCGCCCUCUGGAGCCUCCUGCCCCACAUCUUGAAAGCGGUCUCGGUUGGCGAGUUUGUCCAGAUGACGAUCAGAGCGGCCAUUAGCGCAAGCAAGAUAGACGACGAACAUGACUCGGAGGAGGCGGGUACGGCUCAGGACAGCAGACCCUCUUUGCCCAAACUGUGGAGCAAAGGAAACAAUUUUUCAUCUCAUGAAUUUCAGCCCGCUGAUCAAGAAGCAGCGGGUGAUUUUCUGAAGACGACUGCGACAACUCAAAAUCCGCUUUCAAGCUAA